UGAUUGUCUUAAUUGUUCCACGCUGUUAUUUCCUUAUUGGGUUCUGCAAUCUAAUUCUGCUGAUGCAUCAAUGGUAUCUAUCCUCGACUCCCUAAAUCUCUCACACUCGUAUAAAACACACAUGCACGAUCAAAACCCCUUCUCACAUUUGGAUUCAGCUUGAAGGCAAGAAGAAGAUGGUGAUAAGCAAGGAAAAAAAUGCUGCUGAAGACUGGUGCUUCGUCUGCAAAGAUGGUGGUGAUCUUAUCAUAUGUGAUUUCCAGGGAUGUGUAAAAUCUUAUCACCCUUUAUGCGUGGAGAAGGAUGAUUCGUAUUUUGAAAGCGAAACCCACUGGACUUGUGCUUGGCAUACUUGCCUCAUUUGCGAUAGGAGUUCCAACCUUCACUGUUAUACCUGCACAAGUGCUGUUUGCAGUCGCACUCGCUGCCUUCGCCGUGCAGAAAUUUUCCCAGUUAAAGGGAAGUAUGGAUUUUGCCAGCCCUGCUUAAAACUUGCUUUACUUAUUGAAGAAGGAAAGGAUCGUGACUCUGACGGGGAGAUGGUGGACUUUGAAGAUAUAGAGACGUUUGAGGGUUUAUUUAGUGAAUAUUAUAAAAUAAUCAAGAAAGAAGAAGGCUUUGAGCCUCAGAAUCUUUAUGCUGCAAAAGAUGGGGUGAAAACUACAAAAAUACCCAAAUAUAGCUCAGAAAAUAAUUGUGAAGAGCAUGAAAUAUCUGAUUAUGAUGGUGCAGAGCAUGUAAAAAGAUACAGAUCUGGGAGAAAGAAGUUUGGGAUGCAGACACCGAUGAAAUUAAGUAAAAAUGAUUUUGUUGGCUGGGGCUCAAGAGCCCUUAUUGACUUUCUCAGUUCAAUUGGUAAAAGCACCGAUGAACAAUUGUCCCGGAGUGAUGUGACUUCAAUUGUGAAUGAGUACGUAAAAGAAAGUAACUUAAUUCAUCCAGUGAAAAGGAAGAUGAUAUUGUGUGAUGCUCGUCUAGAGUCUCUUUUCAGAAAGAAAACAAUAGUUAAGAAUAAAGUGCAUGAGCUGCUGUGGGACCAUUUUGCUGAGAACCGUGAUAAAUCAGAAGAAGAUGAGAUGGGAUAUGAUUUAGAGGAUGAUAAUGCAGGCAUUACGGAUGUAUGUAAGAAACAAAGAAAGUUGAACUCAGAGAACAAAUCGCCCGAAAAAGAGCUAGCUGAUGAUGUGCCACUGAGUUGUUUUGCAUCCAUUGUCGUCGAAAAUGUGAAACUUGUUUACUUGAGGAGGACCUUGCUACUUGAACUGCUGAAGCAGCCUACAUUGUUUGAAGAAAAGGUUGUCGGAUGCUUCAUUCGUGUUAAGUCUGAUCCUUAUCAUAAACAUUCAAGGAAUUCUUGUCAACUAAUGCAAGUUAGAGGUUAG